AUGAUGAAUGAAUCUGUUCCAAGUGAAUUCCUCAUCUUGGGCUUCUCUGGUCUCCAGGAACUGCAGCUGUUACUUUUCUUUAUCUUUCUUGCCACAUAUAUAUGUACUCUGGUGGGGAACAUCUCCAUUCUCACUGUUGCUUGCCUGGACUCUCAGCUUCAUAUUCCCAUGUAUUUCUUCCUAGGAAAUCUCUCUUUUCUGGAUAUCUGUUAUACCACCACCAAUGUUCCUCAGAUACUAGUACACCUCAUGGCACAAAAGAAGAGUAUCACCUAUGCUGGAUGUGUAACUCAACUCUAUUUUUUUCUUUCUUUUGUGGGCACUGAAUGCAUCCUACUAGCUGCAAUGGCUUAUGAUCGCUUUGCAGCUAUUUGCCAUCCUUUGAACUACACUUCAAUUAUGAGAAGAGCCUUUUGUCUCCAAUUGUGUAGUGCCUGCUGGGCAAGUGGCUUUCUCAAUUCAGCUCUUCACACUUAUUUUACAUUCCGUCUGCCAUUCUGUGGAGCCAAUCACAUCAAUUAUUUCUUCUGUGAUAUUCCUCCCCUUCUAAUGCUUUCAUGUGGAGACAAAACCUUAAAUGAGAUCAUCUUAUUUGUAGUUGGGAUCUUCAUAGGAUGGAUUCCAUUUGUCUGCAUUCUUCUAUCCUACAUUUAUAUCAUCUCCACUAUCAUGAAGAUACAAUCCAAUGAAGGGAGGAUGAAAGCUUUCUCUACCUGUACCUCACACCUAACUAUAGUCAUCUUGUAUUAUGGAAGCUCCAUUUUCACCUAUGUCCGGCCAAUAUCAACAUACUCAAUGGAGAAAGACCGACUUAUUUCUAUCCUUUAUAGCAUUAUCACUCCCAUGUUAAACCCUUUGAUUUAUACCUUAAGAAACAAGGAGAUUAAGAAUGGCCUGAAAAAGAUUUUUCUCGGGAAACUUUAUUCAAAAUGUAUAAAAUAA